CAUGCUACUAACCCCACAUACUACUCUCCUUAGCAAGUUUGAGAAGUGAGAUUCCACCUGAAUUUUCCCGUUUCUUUUCAUUCUGCAGGCUACAUAUAUAUUGCAAAUUCAAUAUAUACACACACACACAUAUAGAUAUGGUGGUAGCUUCUCCGCACUCUAUUCGGAAUGAGAAGAUUGUGAGCAUUGAUCUUCCAAUGGUGGACCUUUCGGCUGAAAGGUCAGUGGCGUCACAGCUCAUAGUGAAAGCCUGUGAGGAGUUUGGUUUCUUCAAGGUGAUAAACCAUGGCGUCCCUCCAGAAACUAUAGCCAAACUGGAACAAUUAGGACUUGGCUUCUUUGCGAAACCGGUGGCUCAAAAGAAGCAAGCUACGCCAGCUAGUCCUUUCGGUUAUGGCUGCAAGAACAUAGGCCUCAAUGGAGACAUGGGAGAGGUGGAGUACCUUCUUCUUAAUGCCAGCCCUCCUUCCAUUUCUCAAAUGUCCCUCCACAUCUCCAAUGACCCUUCCGACUUCAGGUCAACAGUGAGGGAAUACACAGAGGCAGUGAAGAAGCUGGCAUGUGAAAUAUUGGAAGUGAUGGCAGAGGGAUUGGGGACCGCGGAUGCAAGGGUGUUCAGCAGAAUGAUCAGGGACGAUGAUAGCGACUCAGUGCUGAGGCUCAAUCACUACCCUCCCUGCAAGGAAAGGGACAUGUCAUCCCAAUCUCCUUCUUGCAAGGUUGGCUUUGGAGAGCAUUCUGACCCUCAGAUCCUCACUAUCCUCACAUCCAACGAUGUUGGCGGCCUCCAGAUCUCUCCUCAAGAUGGCGUGUGGGUCCCCGUCCCCCCAGACCCCUCUGCCUUCUGUGUUAAUGUAGGUGAUGCAUUGCAGGUAAUGACGAAUGGAAGAUUUCAGAGCGUGAGGCACAGGGCAAUGACAAACUCGCACAAGUCAAGACUGUCAAUGGCAUAUUUUGCGGCUCCGUCCUUGAAUGCCUGGAUCGUUGCUCCGCCAGUUAUGGUUCCGCCUAACACGCCAUCUCUUUACCGGCCAUUCACUUGGGCCGAGUACAAGAGAGCCACCUACUCUCUCAGGCUUGGAGACAGUCGUAUUCGCCUUUUCAAGCAGAACAGCGUCUGAGAGUUCACAGUGCUAAUACUAAUCGCCCUUUUGUACUGUAGUAAUGGCGUCAUGUGAAAAAAAAAAAAAAUGCUUGUUUCCUUCAUAGAUAGUAUCUAUCCAGCUCAAGUGUUUCUUAGGCUUUUUUCUUUCCUUUUUCACUUUUAUUCCUAGGAUGUGGGUCAGUCCACCUUGUGGUCAGAAUGAUUGUGUCCAUGGCUCAUUGGCUUGUAGCCUGUUAGCAGUAGACAGUUAUGUUGUUUAAAGUUCCAUUCACAAAUGAAAAUCCCGAGCAAUCCA